GCGACCAGAACAUCCGGCCACUGAAUCACCAUCCCCAUCACGCGGCUGCUGAGGAUCCACGAGCGGAUAUCGCCUUGCACUGCAUUUCGUAGAAUGGCCUGCGGACCAUCCCGGCCGCGAUGGCGGUCGCUCCCCAUUUCGUAUAGUCUCAGCGCCUCACUCAUGGCUUUCUCACCUGGCGAAGGCGACCUCACUGUCUCCCUCAGGAAGCGAAAGCGACGCGCCCAUGUGCUCACCAUCUACGUGGCUGAGCAGCUCAGAGCUCCCGACAGACGCCUUCCACUGCCUUUGCGCUGAGCAUGUCGCGUAGUCGUGAGUCCCAGGCUCGGUAUAUCCUCUCCUACCAUGGCGCAUCUCAUUUUGCCUAACCCUCUCCGCAUCCAUUUCCGCCUUCUAGUUUUUUCCUACAUCGAUAAGAUUUCCUCUCAAUCAGAUCUUCCGCCUUUUCCCGAAUCCAUCAGACCAUGGCCUCCACUGAUGAUGCCUCUCCAUUCGGACCCCCUCCACCCUAUACCCCUUAUGUACCUCCCGCACCCACUUGGUCUCAACAACUCCAGGUGCAAUGGCACGAACUGCCUCCGCUCCAGAAGAUCCUCUGCGUGCUCGGAAUAGGUCUCAUCGGCCCUCUCCUCGGCCUCCUGCUCUCCCUCCCAUGGAUGCUGUUCCGUGGCCCUUCAACGCCGCUCACUCCGAUCGCUCCCUCCAUGCGCUUCAUCCAUAUCUACCCCGAAGCGCAGGUCCAUCUCGCCACCCGAGAGCAUUUCCUGAUCCGCACAGUCGCUCAGCUUGCCGCCAAUGAGCAGGUCAUCAACGGCAGCAAACUGCUCAAGCAGAACAUCCACGAAGCGCGCAUCGCCUACGACGACCUUGUAUCCGUCUCGACCGUCUUCUCCAUCCACAACAACGUAGAGGCCGCCACGACGAUCGCCAGGAUCGAAGACAGCUGGUUCUUCACAGGAGGCAAGGUGUGCUACUACCUCACAUCCACACUUGCCGAGUCCGAGCUCGUCCACGACAAGUAUCGCGUCCUUUCCCACAAUCUCUCCGUCCUGUCGCACAGCAUCCGCUUCGAAAUGCGCCGUCUGGGGCAAUGGAAAGCGCGGAGAUUCUUCGGCCUUGCCCGCUCCACCUGGGCUGGGAUGACGCGCGAACAACAGCAGCGCACGACUGAAUAUUUCACCGAGCUGACCCUUCUCUACACCGAUGUGGCCCACAUCGACUCGUAUGCCACAGCAUAUGGUCGGGAUCUGUUUGCGGAUACGAUGGGCGAUGCGAGGGCGCUUUUGCGGUACUACGAAUGCGGAUCCGAGGGAGAGGAGCUAGAGCGGAGGCUGGGUGCCAUUCCGGAGUAUGCGAAAAGCCCGAAUGCAGUGGCGAAGGAGGGACUGCGGUACGGAAGCGCGGAUACUGUGCGGGUGGUUGGAGCACGGGUUCAGGCGUUGAGGUUGGCGUAGGAGGGGAGAGUUACCGUCAUAGUCAUUCCUUUGGUGCUGUCGGUGCUAUUUCCUUGUAGUUUGGUCGCUCCUUUGAGCUCGUAGUCGUGUAGAUUGAUACCAGUCUUUCCCUUGGGUUCUCUGCGCUCCGAUUGGUCAGCUCCGUCUAUCAACCCGGAUAUCCCCAAGGUCAACUAUGAAAUAGCUCGGC